AUGAUUGGAGGUUCUUUUCCUGGAAAUCUUUGUCUUGUGAAGCUUCUUAACGUAUGCCUUAUUCUUGAGGAUUUGAAAGUACUUCAUGUACAUUUUGCGAGCACUUCAUUUGAGGGUGGAUCUAUAAGCUUACCUAAGUUGACGAGUACAAAUAUCUCUGUAAUGUAUGAAGAUAAUGAUAAUAUUCCCCUGGAAGCGUUAUCCAAUGUGGAUUUUCUUCAUUUGAACCAGUGCAUAAGUACCAAGGUUCCUGUGUUUUCCAAUUUAACUUGUUUGGUGAUUAAAUAUCCUUCUUGGUCUUUUGUAUUGGACAUGCUCAAGAAUUGCCCCAAGCUUCAGGUCAUUUAA